UGCUCUGUAAUAGAAAAUGGAUACCGGAGCAGCUGACUAUGACAUUUAACAUUUUUAAAAAUUGUUUUACUGAUCAAUUACAAUAUAUUGUGAAAUAAAAAUAUGUUUAAGUGUUCAGUUCCGGCUUCAGUUCUGUCUGCAGAAAUAUGAUAAAUAAGGGACUGUAGAGGUUAUGUAACAUUUUAUAUUUUAUCUAAACAUCAUGUCUAGCAGACUUCGUUUCCUUUUUAGGAAAUUAUAUACCAUUAGAAGUAACUUUAAACGAAUACCAGUAACAUUUUUACGCGAUGUCUCUGUACAACCAAAGAUUUCAGUCGUCCCUGUAACUAUUGGAUUUUCUUUGUUUACUUGGCUCGGUUUCCAACCAAAACUUUCAGCAGAAGACGAGUUGAUACAUACAAUUAAGCAUUGUAUAUUAUUUAUCCAACGAGGUGAAUAUGAAAAAGCUGAGCAGUUGCUUCAUAUUUCCCUUAGACAAGCACAGCAGAUACAACAUGAACAGGGCAUUACUUAUAUCUAUGAUGUAAUGGCUAAUCUGGCUCUUGAAAGAGCUCAGUUGGACAAAGCAAAACAAUUGUUUGUUUCUGUCGCACAAAGAAUAAUGCAAGAUGGAGCUACAGAAGAUGAUCCCCGUAUGGUUCACAUAAGCUCUAAGCUAGCUAGAAUCAGUCAUCUAAAAAAAGAAUAUUCCACAGCCCAACUUGGAUACGAUUACUGUUUAGAAAAACUGAGAACUGCUAUGCAAUAUGGUGCAGACGAUGCAACCAAAAAACUUUUAGCAAUGACAGAGGACUGGUAUGGCAGACUGUUUCUUGAUUGUCAACAAAUUGAACAGAGUCUGCCACUGCUGAUAAGUUCAUUAAAAUGGAUGAGGGAAGUUUCAGAUGUAGAUAAAGAACACAUUGUUAUUCAACUCAACGAUAUUGGAACAGUCUGUGACCUUCUAGGCAAGGCCGAUGAAAGCAUAAACUACUUUAAAGAAGCUAUUGAAUUAGGAAAAGAUUUAAAUAUGGAUGAUAUGGGAGCCAUGUAUGUUAAUUUAGGAAGAGCAUAUUUGAAGAAAAACUUAAUAGCUGAGGCCAGAAAAAGUUGUGGUUAUGGAUGGAAAUUGGGGGUUGUAUCCAAAAAUAAUGAUAUCAAACAAGAAGCUGAAUCAUGUUUACAAGAACUAAAAAACCAUAGUUAAUCUUAUAACUUUAUUUUUAAAAUGAAUAUUAAGAACAAUAUAUUUUAAAAUUAAA